CUCAUCUUUCGACAGUUUGGAUUUCUAUUUUUAUGAUCAUCUUUUGUAUGUAAUUUGUCUGAUUCUGUAGCCUUGCAUAUUUACUAAAUUAGUAGAUAUGCGGCGUCUGUUAUGCCUCGGGUUUGGGGCGUGACAGUAUCAGUAGGAGACAGCACUAAACACACAAUUGGCCUAUUUUGGCGGAAAAUAAUUAAAUUCAUUGAGAACUUCUAUUACGUUAUCACCAAAUACUUAAUUUCUCUGCCAUCUAUAUAUAGAUUUUUUUUCUUUUUUUUUUUCAUCAAAAUGGACAAAUACAGAAUCUCUAGUACUUCUAACCAGCAUUUGUGUAGGAAAGCGGCCAUCUUUCAAUCUACAACAGUAGGUGUAUUAAUGUAGUGUAGAGAUUGAAAAAAAAAAGUUCAAUUAAUAUUUAUAGAAAAAAAAAUUAGUAUAAUGUAAGAAAUAAAAUAAUCUAUAACCCCUAUGAAAGCCCGUUCUCUUUGUCCACGUGGCAACAUUAGCUUAAUCUAAUUUUCUAACGGCGAUCUUUUAAUCUACUUUUCCUCCCUAUGCUUCCCAUUUAAUUUUCGUCUUCCACCUCCGGCUCCUUCGCUCGCCCUUCUAGACGCCGCUUCGACUCCUGUUCCCUCUCUAGACGGCAUGUUGGGCCGAGUUUAUGGUCGGAUUCUUCCCGUCGCGCCCGCUCCCGUUAGCGACGCUUCACUUCGUUCGCCCCCUAGAUGCCGCUCCGACUCCUAUUCCCUCUCUGGACGGAAUGUUGGGCCGAGUUCAUGGUCGUCCCUUCUUCCGGUCGCGCCAUUCCCGUUACCGACGCUUCGUUUCGGCUUAUUCAUUCCCACCGGUCACGCAAAUGGUUCGGAUUCAUUCUCCGAGCGAGCCCUCCGCGGGCUUCGAUUUCACCCCCGCGGGCUUCAAUUUCACCUCCGGGAAGCAGAUCGAGCAGAAGCUUCUUGAUUACAAUCAAGAGGCCGAGCGGUUCCGAGGCUCGAGCGAUCAAUUUUGCGCUUUUGUAGAUGUUCAAGUUCCAAGGUGUAGCCGCUUUAUGGAGGUCAUUGCGUGUUGGGGUUCUCCGUCUUCCGAUUCGAGUUUGUCUGAAAAUGAAGCCGCUCGGGCUGCUAUCGAGACGCUACGAAGUGAACUUCAAUUUGACAUUAGGGAUCCUAAUUAUACUGAAAAAAAAAUCAUUUCAAAAACUUAUAUGAUAGUACUUCCCAAAAAUAUGAAGAUCUUCUAAAUGAAUAUGAAAUGCUGAAGAAGGAACAUACUGUACUCAAGAGGUUUCACAAAUCUUUACUGGAUGAAAGAGACCAGAUUCUCGGUGAUUAGAAUGAAAUUAGGGCGAGUAUUGGCAAGUGUCACAGUCUGCUUGCUCAAUCCAACGUUGAUCCAAUGGAUGCAGAUCAAUACAUAUUUGCUGCUGAAAAUUUACCCACCCCUGAAGAUCAUUUACCUGCAAAUGGAUCCCAUGCAGCAGAGUCCGCGACAGGAACUGAAGAAGAUCCUGAACCUCCUUCUGAUUAUUAUAGGAACUACGCUUAGGACGGUCCUAAACCGUCUUCUUAUUACUAUAGGAAAUAAGAUUAGGGCUUCCUUCGUUCUUUUGUUUUGGCUUUUUGAACUCCAUUUUGUGGUUUUGUCAGUUUUAUUGUAUGUACGGGCACUUUUACAAUAUAUUGCUAAGUGACUCCGCAUUAGCCAAUUUUAU